AACCAGAGGGAUAGAGGCGGGACCAGGAGGAGAGUGGGCUGCAAGCCACAGAUAACAUUCUGCCCAGCACAGCAGGGGUCAAUUUGGUUCACUUGCCCAGUGACAAGAAGGAAAAAAAAAAAAGUGGGCUGUAACCUAAGGAUCUUAAGACUCGCAAGUGAGGGGUUGGUUUGGAGGUGGGAGGAGGGAGUGAGGAGUCGAGGAGGAGACCGGACUCGGGAGGGUGCAGGAAACUCUUUGGGGCUGGGGCCAGGCAGGAGAGGGUGGGGAAGUCUGUGGGCGCCGUCAUCCUCCAGGGUCCGGUCCAGAGGCAGCUUCUCCCGCUGUUGGGACGGGCUCUGGACACCUUCAGCUCUUCUUGCCUGUUUUCCAAGGCGCAAGCCAGAAGCUCGGGCGCUUGCUUGCUGAGCUGGUGACACAGGACACAGCCACAGAGCUGGUUCCCUCCGGGACCCCCUGCCUGCCUGCUCUCUGCCCGGCAGCAUGGAGGAAAGUAGCGAAUAUGACAAUGACUAUGGGGCAGACAACCUGCCUGGGUGUGUGUACACGGACUGGAAGUCCUCGGGGGCCCUCAUCCCUGCCAUCUACCUGCUGGUCUUCCUCCUGGGCACCACGGGCAACGGCCUGGUGCUCUGGACCGUGUUCCGGAGCAGCCGGGAGAAGAGGCGCUCGGCUGACAUCUUCAUCUCCAGCCUGGCCGUGGCCGACCUGACGUUCGUGGUGACCCUGCCGCUGUGGGCCACCUACACCUACCGGGACUACGACUGGCCCUUCGGCACCUUUGCCUGUAAGCUCAGCAGCUAUGUCAUCUUCGUCAACAUGUACGCCAGCGUCUUCUGCCUCACCGGCCUCAGCUUCGACCGCUACCUGGCCAUCGUGAGGCCGGUGGCCAACGCCCGGCUGCGGCUGCGGGUCAGCGGGGCCGCGGCCACGGCGGCGCUCUGGGUGCUGGCCGCGCUCCUGGCCACGCCGGCCAUGGUGUUGCGCGCCACGGCCGAGGUGCCUUCCGGCCCGGACAAUGUCACGAAGGUGGAGUGCUACAUGGACUACUCCAUGGUGGCCACCCUCAGCUCCGAGUGGGCCUGGGAGCUGGGCCUGGGGGUCACGUCCACGGCGCUGGGCUUCGUGGUGCCCUUCACCAUCAUGCUGACCUGCUACUUCUUCAUCGCGCAGACCAUCGCGGGCCACUUCCGCAAGGAGCGCAUCGAGGGCCUGCGCAAGCGGCGCCGGCUGCUGAGCAUCAUCGUGGUGCUGGUGGUGACCUUCGCGCUCUGCUGGAUGCCCUACCACCUGGUGAAGACGCUCUACACGCUGGGCAACCUGCUGCACUGGCCCUGCGGCUUCGACCUCUUCCUCAUGAAUGUCUACCCCUACUGCACCUGCAUCAGCUACGUCAACAGCUGCCUCAACCCCUUCCUCUACGCCUUCUUCGACCCCCGCUUCCGCCAGGCCUGCACCUCCAUGCUCUGCUGCGGCCACAGCAGUUUUUGGUCAGAGGUUGCGGUGUGAUGGAAGGAGACUGAGCCCUGCAGAUGUGAGCUCGGCCACUCAACAUCUGUGAGACUGACUCUGCACCAGUCUCUCAACUUCUCCGAGCCUCAGUUUCUCCAUUUGUGUAUGUAUAAUGGGGGAAGUCAUACCGGCACGGAAAUGAUGGGUGCGUCUGGCUCAGUAAAAGUUGGUGUCUUCACCCCUCCCCUCCCAUCUUUCAUUCUGGGAUCUCAGCUCUUUUUUCUCCUUCCUUUCUGUUUAGUUUUCUCUACCCUCUCCCUCCCUUUGUUUUUCCCUCUAUCUCUGUAUAGUUUUUCCCCCUCUGAAUCCUUAGCUCUGGCUCCCGCCCUUCUCCCAUAGCUCAUUCCUCCCCUCAAUCCAUUCUUCCUCCUCUUUUUACCUCCUUGUUGUGAGGGGCUCCUAAGGGUUAAGAAUCCCGAAGCUUGUAAACACUCUUUAUCCUGUUCUCUGAGAAAGCCAAGGGAACGGGCUGGGGCGGGGCGGGCUGGGUGUCAGGGACAAGUUAGCACUAGCACUCCAGUCUGCAGGAGCUCCAAAACUUUCCCCCAAAUCGCAUCAGAGGGCUGUGAUUUCAGGCACCUCUGGGGGCUCCCUUCCUGCAGCCCAUCCGUGAUGCCAACCAGACGUGCUUCCUGCAGUUUUCCUGGGACGCUGUCAUUCAUCCUCUCAUCUCUGCGGGAACUGAAGGGCAGUGGGUUCACAAGCAACGGGCUCCUUGGAUUCCUCCUGUGAAUGGGGGGUUGGGAAGGGACAGGGAGAAAAAGGAGAGUCAGCAUUUGGUCUACAUGUGACUUGGCUUCUCUCCCACAAUCUUGCCCACCCCCCCCAACCUCCUUCAGAGCUGAGCUUACCCUACCCCACCCAUCACCCCAGGAUGCGUUUCUUGGGCACUGGUGCUACUCCGUGCCAAGAGUCAACUUUGGAUGUGGUGGAGAUGCUUGCCUUGUGUGUGUAUAUGUAUAUAUAUGUAAGCCUGGGUGAACAUAGCAUGACAGCAGUGUGCCUGUGUCACUUGUCACUUGGAUGAACCCCCCCAUCUCUAUUCUUCACACAGUAUGUUUGAGAGAAGAAGGGGCAUAUUGAGGCAAUAUGGAAUAAAAGGGAGCCCACCCCCACUGGAUUUGGGGGCUCUGACGGCUGGUCCGUGCUUUAAGAGAGAAGCCUGUGUUUGUGUUUGCUCCUGGCUUCCUGUAGGGACAUCCCUCCCCAGAGCUGCUGACACUGAGGCUUGGGGACGAACUAUGGUCCCAUGUGCUGGGUCCCCAGACCUUCCCUA